GGAUUGAGGGGUCCGCGGUGCAUCACAUCAACAGCACGCACGUCCGAGGGAGCCGCGGGGGGAUAGGCAAGAGUAGGCAACAGAUCGGCUAAGUGAAUGGCGAUGAUCUUUGUGUCCCGCGUGAUCUCGACGAUAUUAUGGUAUUUGUCGCACCCUUUUCAGUUGUUUGUCACCUGCGCAUCCUCCGUGUUGCUCCUGUUAUUUUUUUUAUCGGUAACAAACACCAGCCUUGGGAUAAGAAAGCAGUACAUAAGGUGUCUCCUGAAACUCUUUGAGUAUGGCCGAAUAAAAAUUGAGCGAGCCCAUCAGCAACGCCUUAGACGAGAAGAAAGUGCAGAGGACCUCACGGAUUUUGAUUCUGAACCAAUAAACGCCACCACUUCAGUGAUCACGAGGGAUGAUGUCAUUGUUGGAGCUGAGCAGCCAAUUAUCAACAUCCCACUGAAGGAAUAUCACCUCGGUGACAUCACAUACUUCAUCAAGAAAGGUGUUGAGGCCAUCAUUGAUGAUGUGGUGACCAAGCGAUUUGCCACUGAAGAGCUACCCUCUUGGAAUUUGCUGACCAGGACCAACAAAAACUACACAUUUGUCAGUUUUCGGUUGACAGUGAUCUGGUGCAUUGGCUGUAUUCUGCGCUAUGUCAUCCUCUUCCCAAUGAGGGUGGCACUUACAUGCAUUGGUAUGGUUUGGCUUAUCUGCUGUACAGCCAUAUUGGGAUAUUUUCCAGAGGGUCGGCUCAAGCGAUUCCUGUAUUGGCACGUCAGUCUGAUCACUUUCCGGAUUCUCUCGAGAGCAGUGUCAGCCAUAGUCACAUACCAUAACAGGGAAAACCGCGCCAAGCCUGGUGGCAUCUGUGUUGCAAAUCACACUUCCCCUAUUGAUGUGGCUAUGCUGGCAAGCGACAAUUGUUAUGCUUUGGUGGGCCAAACCCAAGGUGGGUUCAUUGGUGUUAUUCAGACAGCACUGAACAAGGCAGCCUCACACAUUUGGUUUGAAAGAGCUGAGAUCAAGGACAGGCAAGCAGUUGCCAAGAGACUCAGAGAGCACGUUGAAGAUCCUACGAAGCUCCCCAUCCUCAUAUUUCCUGAAGGUACAUGCAUCAACAACACAUCAGUGAUGCAGUUCAAGAAAGGCAGCUUUGAAGUUGGUGGCACCAUCUACCCAGCUGCUAUCAAGUAUGAUGCACGAUUUGGAGAUGCCUUCUGGAACAGCAGCAAGCAGAACUACAUCCACUACUUGGCUAUGAUGAUGUCAUCGUGGGCCAUAGUAUGCGAUGUGUGGUACUUGCCACCCAUGAAGAAAAGAGAUGAUGAGUCAUCAGUGGAGUUUGCCAACCGAGUCAAGUCUAAGAUUGCUGAGCAGGGUGGCCUUCUCGACCUAAACUGGGAUGGCUUGCUCAAGCGCACCUAUGUCAAGCGGGAGUGGAAGGAGCAGCAACAGAAGGACUUCAGCCAACGCCUCAAGCUGAUGUGAGCCUCAGCAAGGAAAGGGACUGUUCGGGCACACAUGUACAUAGCAUGGGUUGGCUUAGUUUCUACGCUGGGCCCUUUCUGCUACAUGCCAACCAGUGAGAGCGGUUCAGCAGAGGUGAUAGUUUAUUCAUGUGGAGACAACACUAUGUACAAUCAUUGUGAUCAGUUCUGUACUCAGGCCAUGUAUAUAUAAUGCUGUUCAGCGUUUGGCAUAGCUUGCUAGGCAGGUGACAACUGCUUGCAGGUUGGUUCAAACUGUGAUAACAUGUUGGCCUUUAAGAGGGAAAAAAAAAAAAAAAAAGAUGAGGCAGCACCUGCCGAGUUGUUGCUGAUGGAAUGAGACGUGCUAUCUCGAAUACCUCAAUAAAGUUAUGUUUUGGCUGCACAAAACAAAUCUGCUGUGCUCAUGGCUAAAAUGUGAUGUAUGAUAAUUACUACAAGAUGUGAUGAGGCUUGCAUGCAGGCUGUUGAAGUGCCAUUGUACAACACAGAAAUUCACUUUCAUUCUCGGUGAAUGGAAGUCAGUGACUUUCCAAGAAACUAAAAUGCACACGAUGACUUGCACACCAGUCUGCCUGGACAUGGCAUCAAGGCUGCUCAAGUGCAACUAGAAUAGUUUGUUCUUUGGAGUGUCCCCACUUCUACGAUGGCCCUUGGAAAGCAGUGCUAGGAAGUGGACUUCUUGCGAAAGUAGUUCAGUAUCCUUUGCCAGUGGGAUAUGUUACGGAAGGACACUGUGGGCUUGACACUUGGAGCGGGACCAGAGUCUGUGGUGUGUGAAGAAUCUGUUGUCUGCUGCUCGGCUGGCUCCCGGCCGUGUUUGUUGCGCUUCUUGAGCUUUUUGUACUUGUUACGCACCAAGUGUGAUUUGGUGUGGGAAAUCAUGGCUCGUUUGAGUUGCACAACAAUCUCCACAACAGCCUUGGCCACUUCGGUCGGUGUUGCUUCUUUCUCAGACAGGACAGACCACUUCUCUUCAGUGAUGCCAUGUGGAGUCUAAAGAAAAUGUGCAGCCAGAAAAAAAAAGAACACAAGCAGACGUAGAUUAGAAGUCACUCUUUGCAGAAGGAAUUUCGUACUGCUCUCACCUCUAAGAUCUUGAGAGGCACACCAAACUGACCACCAGCUGCUCCUCCAGUCGAGACUACAGGCACAACAAAGUGAUCACUCCAGACGAAUUGUUCAACCUCGUGAGCUGCACAAGGACCACCUGAAACGCAAGCAUUGUACCACUAUUGUAUCUCCUGUUUCCCAUGUCCAUUUCGUAAAACUUCUACAAUAACAGGAUGAUAAUGAUACUUUACUGCCUUAUUAGUGAUUAUUUACAUAUUGAGCAGGCAAGAACUCAUCACUUCUAACAGUUCUUCAGCAAGGGAGCAUUAAUGACAAAAAGUUGCUACAGUCAAACUUCAAUAUGUUUAUCUCGUGUUAAAAGCUUGUAAAAUAUUGAUACCUCUAAGACUGCAAUGUGAGAGUUUAGCAUCAUCAUCGGUUAUAAUGUGCAAAAAUGUUCAGACAUUGAAACUGCUGUACCUGUCUUGGAUAAUGCUCAAACCAAUUGGGAGAGGAUAGCUGUAAGACUUCUACCCAUGUGGCUUGAACUCAACUGUAUGGAGAUAUAACUGAAAGUUGCUGUGCAGCAACUCAGAAAGUGCGAGUGACUUGAUAAAUGGAGUAAAUUAAUGGUUUGAGAAACACUUAGGGAAUUCGAUGCGGAACUUCCCUUUGUUUAAAUGCUAUGAAUUUUAGGUCUAGCAUGUCAUAUGUUGAUGCAGUUAUCCUGUAGCAACAAUGAAGAAAAUUGAAGGUAAAGGUUAGAAGGUGUAGUGAAGAGCUUUGUGUUAAGUUGCAAUGCACAGCAGGAAGUUCUCAUAAUGCAUGCUAAGCCAGUCUGUGACAAACCCUUUUUCUGCAAAAGUACAGAAAAGAAGUUUCUCUAGAAUUUCUUCAGUGCCUUCCUUCAAUGUGUCAUUGAACAGGGGAGUGUAAAAAGGCCAUAUAAAGUACUACAACCUUGUAAUGCUGCUUUUCGAAGAUGCUGGCAAGAGCUUUUUGUAGUUUGCAAAAUCCGUAAGUUUUGCUGUGCUAUAGUACUAAGUUUCUCUGUCUUCCUCCCGAGUUCAACAUAUUGAAGUUUGACUGCAGCUUGUUGAGGACUGGUGUUGAUGAUUUAUGUACUUUUUUCUGCUGAAUUAAAUGUGAGCAUCUUACUGUAUACUAGUGUGGAUAAUCUGUGUAAAUGUGGAACACUGUGUCCGUACUACUGUUUAAAAAGCAGGUGUGACAGCCUGUGGUAGGUGCACACCACUCUCUGUCACUGAUGCACGCUGUCUCACCUUCUACCACGAUGCAGGUGUCAAAAGCACGUGCCACUGCACUUUCACGCUCUUUAACUGAAUUCCCAAGGAACAGGUUUCGCCCAUAGUUGACUGCUGCGAAAGAACCAUCACUGUUUUGCUGCACUUUGCCAGUGAAAAUCUGUAAAAGACGAACUAAAGUUAGUUUUCCGAAAAUAAACUUCAGCUAAGCAGUUUUCAACCUUGUCAUCUCGCUUUGGCAGUAUGUGAAAGACUCGAGGGUCAGUGUGACCAUUGUUGACUCGGCAUUCGUGAAACAUCCUUGCUACUACAUCAGGUGCACCAAAAAAUCCUCCUGUCACAACAGCCAGGUUUGGCCUCUUCGCAAGCUCCUUGCCAAUCUCCCUGGGGAUUAGAAGUAGAAAAAAAAAAAAAGGUUAUCAUUGGCAGAAAGAUGGUGUGAAGCAGUUGUUCUAUAAGUUUUGUACUAAUGCCCUAACAUAAUGUGGAAUUCUGCUCAUUUCAUGGCGAGGAAAGGCUAUUUUUGAUGGUAUUCACUGAGUGUGCACUACUACUUGUAACAAGAACAUUGUACUGAAUAUUAUAACCUCCAGCAUUGCAGCAAGUGCCGGUGCAAUUAAGUACGAUCAGCGGACUGCAGUUGGUGUAUAUGUUGAUCAUUGCCAGGUGCUAUUUUUGUCAAACUAAAGCUGAAGCAGCACUUUGCGCUUGUAGAUUUUGACCUGGCUUUCACUGGAAGCAAGGAAUGAUAGAAGCUAUGUACUGUGGCAUGUGUGGAUAUGGAUGACUUAUUUGCACAGGGCAUUCAAACCUAGCCGAAGUGGCUGUGGAUAUCGGGCACAUCUGGUGGAUACAGCAUUAUAUUCAAUUUGGGAUAAACAAUGCUUAGUUUCAUACUACUGGAAGUGGGUCCUACUUACACAUGGCAGGUGGAUUUGGUGCUUACUGCAUGUGUCUAUAUUGUGUUGUUUUCUUGCUUGUGACUACCUGCCAGUUACUCACAGCCACGGAAGUAUGAGUGCAUGGUUCCCGAUAACCCUUUGCAUUUAGCAUCACACAGCGCUUCUGCCAUUGACAUUGUAUGUUCAUUUAAAAAUAUAAACAUGGUAGCAUUUAAAAGGAAAUAUCUCUUGCGUCUGUUUGUGGUCAGCACCUCUGGUCAAUGUACUCAGUGGCCUUGCUGUUUUCUCUUUCUUUUUACUAAUAUCUUUGUCAUGUUUGUUUACACAUUGGGUCUAGCAGAAAAAUGCAGCUGCCUGGCCUUUUGAAUUUCAUGCACUUAAGAAAUGUAAAAAUUUAGUCCUCCAUCCAGUUCUUAUUGGCAGUCUUUUUUGUUAGUAUAGUAGGUUCGACAUAAUGACCAUAGUCCUUUACCUUAUUUUUGGUAGGGGUAGCACCUUUUUGCUACAGUGUAAUGCCCUUAUUCUCUAUUCAGUGAUCAACUUAUUGUCUCUUGCUGUCCUCGUAAAUUAAAGAUGUAUUGUGGGGGGUUGUAGACAUGAACUGUAGCAGUGGAACGAAAGGUGCAUAAAGCUUAGUAUGCCGCCUUUCUAAUUUCCCUGCUUUAGUUCAUGAGACGGCAUUCUUUUCAACUUUUUUUUUUGCUUGCAUGAGCAUGAAACAUGCUGAGUGCAUAUGUGUGCAUAUGCACAACUAUGCAUAGGCACAAAUCAUGUGCAUUUCACCUGGGCCAUAUUCUGACCUUCAUCUCAUGACACACUGCCUAAAAGCUUUGUGUUCUUGUUGGCCAAAGCAGGAAAAUCGUGUGCUAGUUGAAAUGACACACAGUGUGGUAAAAAUUACUGUAAAAAUUAGAAUGGCAAAAAUUGUUAGAUAUGAAAAAUCAAUUUAUAGGAAAAAUUUGAGGAAUUAAAAAACACCCGGUAGUGCAGUUUUAAAAGGUCCUGUGUUCAGCUACAACUUAUUUGCAAGUACCUUGCAAGCGUCAUCAAUUUAGUGAGGGGGUUGUCUAUCACAAAGAAAAGGAUGCUGACUUCAAUGAGAAGCUGAUUAUGUUAACGUGGUUAAUGAACAAACAUUGCACUAGCAAAUAAAUAUGUGCACAUUAAAUUAAGCAAGAGGAAAAUAAGAUAAGGCAACACUUUGUGCACAGUUGACAUUCUUAGAAAGUUAGUUAUUCAUCAUGGAUGACAAUGUCAGUCUACUGUAUGCUCCAUAACAUUUAAACUCAGUGACCUGCCAGCGACCCUGGGUGUCGCACUUGUGCAAGUGGAACGUAAAUGUAAUAUUGAUUGGAAUACAGUGUUAACAAUUUGCAUGAUUACAGUAUGUUUAUUGUACUCGCUAAAUUAAAAUGGGGAUUUAAAGAACUUUCUUCAUAUUGCAACUUUUCAUUUUUCAUUGUCAAGGCAAGCAAGUAUGCAUGCACGUGUAACUAAGCUAGCACAGCCAUUUCUGCUGCAUCAGUCAAUGAGCACAUGCUGCCAUUUGGCAAAUGACCAUGUUGGCUGAGGUUGGAAUAUAAACCCUGUAUUCUCAGGUACAAGGAGCAGCAACAAACCAUACCACAGUGCCCUGUAGGUAAUGUGUGUGUUUACAAAGCAUGCAUUUGAAGAACUAGGGGGCCUCUGGAACAACAUAUAUUUGAUAUGGGCAUUCUUGUGUAUGUUGUUGCCUUGUUGAAAACAGGCCACUGGAAAUGUCACUGCCAUUGCCUGUGCUAAACUUGAACAAGGCAUUAUAGCUAUGGGCUGUGACCUUCUAUGUAGGGAUUUCAUAAAAACUUGGCUAAAUGAAUAACCUGGUUCCAUGAUAUGCUGCAUUAUCAUUUCAUUGGUGAGAAGUUUUCCAUUGAUUUUGCACAUGUUUCAUGUACAUGUUGGAGAGGAAAGGUAAAGGCACCUUUGAAGCAGCGACUAUAGUACACCAGAGAGGCUUGUGACAUCUCAGCAAUCAGGAUGACUUGUCCAGGACUGUGGAAGCUCAGCAUUGGUGGGCCAGAAUGAUACCAUGUACUCCUUUAGUUGCUUCAUUGUGCAUUUACCUUUUUACUUGUUGCAUUUUUAUGGGGAUUUCUAGUGAAAUUUGGGUUUUUCCACCAUGUGUGGCUGCUUUUAAGUGUGGAAGGUGUUUUCAUUUGGUGAUUGUGCGACUUAAUCAAAAAUGCCACAAUUGCUUGAAUGUUUGAAAGUGCAGUGGACAGUUCUUUAGUUCCCAUGACAUUUCUGCCUUUACUUGUUGGGUGUGUAUGACUGAAAUAAAUGGUGUAACGCACUUGCA